AUGGUCCAAGAGAACAAGGCCAUGGUACCAUGGGUGUCUGCCCCAGUCCUGGUGUGCCCUGUUAUAGGAACCCAGCUGAUGGCUCAUCAGCAAGCUGUUAGAAAGCGAAUUGCCUACCAGAGGAACGAUGAUGAUGAGGAAGAGGCUGCCCGCGAAAGACGCCGCCGAGCGCGUCAGGAAAGGCUGCGGCAGAAGCAAGAAGAAGAAUCCUUGGGGCAGGUGACUGACCAGGUGGAGGUGAAUGCCCAGAACAGUGUACCUUCUGAGGAGGCUAAGACAACCACCCCAAACACUCAGGGGGAGGGCGAUGAUGAAGCUGCUCUCCUGGAGCGCCUGGCUCGGCGGGAAGAAAGACGCCAAAAACGUCUCCAAGAAGCUCUGGAACGGCAGAAAGAGUUCGACCCAACCAUAACGGAUGAAAGUGUGCUGCCACCAAGCAGAAGAAUGGAAAACAACACAGCAGAGAAUGACACCGCAGAGAAAGAAGAGAAGCGUGAGAGUCGCCAAGAAAGAUACGCGACAGAAGAAACAGAGAUCAUUACCAAGUCCUGCCAGCAGAAUGACUGGCAAGAUGCCGACGAGAUGAAAAAAGAAAAAGAAAAGGAGGAAGAUGAAGAAGAGAAGUCAAAUAAAGGCAACAUCGAAGAAAAUCAGGUAGAGGUUCUGAUAGAGGAAAAAAUAACAGAAACCCAAGAGGAAAGCGUAGUAAUGCCACUGAAAAAUGGGCAACUGGGUACAGAAGAACAUAAAAUAGAGGAGGGGCAGGAGCAAGAGUCAGAGGAGCUAGCCUAUCAGAAAAAGAUGGAAGAGGAAGAAAGAGAAAGGGCUGAGGCAGAGAGGGUACGGUUGGAGGCAGAAGAAAGAGACAGGCUGAAAGCUGAGCAAGACAAAAAGAUAGCAGAGGAAAAAGCAAGACUAGAGGCCGAAGAAAAAGCUGUACAAGAAAGAAGGCGGAGGGAGGCGGAGGAGAGGGAAAGAGUGAAGGAGGAACAGAAGAGAGCCGAAGAGAGGCAAAGGGCAAAGGCAGAGGAGGAAGAAAAGACUAAGCUAGAGGAGCAACAACUAAGAAAGCAGCUAGAAGAACAAAGAAGUGAAACACAAGAAAAACAGAUAAAGGGAGAAAAGGGAGAAAAGACAAUAGAAGGGAAAUGGGUAAAUGAGAAGAAAGUCCAAGAGAAUGCUCAGACAGCCAUCCCAAAGAAACAGGGAGAAGAUAAAGGGGUUAACAUGCAAGUUAAGAGAGAAAAGCCCCAAGAAGACAAGCCUACCUUCAAAAAGGAAGAGAUCAAAGAUGAGAAGAUUAAAAAGGACAAAGAGCCCAAAGCAGAAGUGAAAAGCAUCUUGGAUCGGAAGAAGGGAUUCACAGAAGUCAAGUCGCAGAAUGGAGAAUUCAUGUCUCACAAACUUAAGCACACUGAGAACACUUUCAGCCACAGCGGAGGGAGGCCAAGCGCAGAGCCCAAGGAGGCCGAUGCGGUGGAGGCGGGCAAACGCCUGGAAGAGCUGCGGCGCCGGCGUGGGGAGACGGAGAGUGAGGAGUUCGAGAAGCUCAAGCAGAAGCAACAAGAGGCGGCCCUGGAGCUGGAGGAGUUGAAGAAGAAGAGGGAGGAGCGGAGGAAGGUCCUAGAGGAGGAAGAGCAAAAGAAGAAGCAAGAGGAGGCGGAGCGCAAACUCCGGGAGGAGGAAGAGAAGAGGAGGCUAAAGGAGGAAAUCGAAAGGCGGAGAGCACAGGCUGCUGAGAAGCGUCAGAAGAUGCCAGAAGACGGCUUCUCCGAGGACAAGAAGCCUUUUAAGUGUUUCACUUCCAAAGGUUCACCUCUCAAGAUAGAAGAGCGAGCAGAAUUUUUGAAUAAGUCUGUGCAGAAAAGCAGCGGCAUCAAGUCAACACAUCAAGCAGCAGUGGUCUCCAAGAUUGACAGCCGACUGGAGCAGUACACCAGUGCAAUUGAGGGAACAAAAUCUUCUAAACUUACGAAGCCAGCUGCCUCCGAUCUUCCUGUGCCUGCUGAGGGGGUACGCAAUAUCAAGAGCAUGUGGGAGAAGGGGAAUGUGUUCUCAUCCCCUACCGCGUCAGGAACGCCAAACAAGGAAACGGCUGGCUUGAAGGUGGGGGUCUCCAACCGCAUCAAUGAAUGGCUUACCAAAACUCCAGAUGGAAACAAGUCACCGGCUCCCAAACCUUCUGACCUGAGGCCAGGAGAUGUAUCUGGCAAGAGGAACCUCUGGGAAAAGCAGUCUGUGGAUAAGGUCACCUCGCCCACUAAGAUCACAUCAUGGAGAGUCAUCACCACUGAGAAGCAUGACUCAGCCAAAUUGACAGAUAUUUUGGUGAAACACAAUUCAAUCCAUGACAGCUCUCAGAAGUGA